AUACUGCAGCGUCAGAGUGACCUUUAUUGGAGUAUUUUGACCACCGGUAGCUGUGGUGGCGGCGACUCCAGCUCACGAAUGUCUCCCUGUCACAAGACAAGACAGGGUUUUAAUCAUUGUUUCUAAUCAAGUGUGAGACAGCAGCUGGUCAACAUGGGAGCAAAUGGCAGCACGGCGAGGAAAGUGUCAUUCGGGCUGGACGAAAACGAGAAGGUCACAGUAAUUGAAGGAGUGAAGGGAGGUCAGGCACUGCUGUACAGCAGCACAUCUGGAGCUGAUAGACAACUUUCAGAGGAUGUUCUCCGGCGGAUGAGGGAAUCUCAGGGGUUUGACAGCGCCAAGCCACCGAAAUCUAAGCCGGACAGUCACAAACCAAUUCCAAUACCAACAGGAUCCUCCUCUACAGAAAUACAGGAGGAACUGCGCAAAGACUUUGAGCGUCAACAGGCGCUGGUGCAGGAGCAGUUGUCGAGACUGGCCCAGAGGGAGAGAGAGACUGCUGUCACCGCAGGCCUGGAUGAUCUGACCCCUGCCCUCCUCAUCGAGAAAGGGAAGGCCCAUGAAGAGCAAGCAAAGGUUAAGAUGCUGGCCAGGCAACUGGAGAGGAAAGAAAAAGAGCUGGAAAGCAUUUCCUGCUUCUAUAAAGAUCAGCUUGAAACACUGGAGAAGAAGAACCGUGACACUUACAAGCAGAUGGCUGAACAGUACGACCAGGCAGCCACCAAAGCUGAGGCUCACAUCCGGCCCCGGCAGACUGCGUCUGUGUGCACUGAACUGCAGGCCAAGGUGCUCCAGUGCUACAGAGAAAAUCCACAGCAGACCCUGCACUGCUCCAGGCUGGCCCAACAGUACAUGAACUGUGUCCAGCAAGCCAAGAGUGCACUGACGAAUCACGGCUGAGGAACCCAAAGAAAGAGGAACCGGAAGGGAAGAAGUGAAGGAGGAGAGCGAGCAUGUUGAAUCCGUCCAUUUCUUGCCUCCCUCUGUCCUUCUACUGUCCACCCAUCCAUUUAUUUAACCACCAUCACUGAACAACACCCCUCCCCCUCUCUUUUCCACUCACCAUCCUUCUUGGUUUUUGAGUGUAUUAUCUUGACUUGUCACUCCAGAGUGUAUGAUGUGUUGAUUUAUUGUCAAGUUGCACAGGCACACCCCUGCCGUCGCUGAAAUAAAUCCCGGUGAUCCGGUGGUGAUGAGA